CAAUAUUUGAUUCAUUCAGUUUAAGGAAGAUAAAAUUGUGUUAUAUCAACAACAAUAACAGGAAAUAUUUAUUGAUAUAUGAAUUCAAAUUCAAAUUUGAUUACAAAACGACUUCGGGCAUUUCCGUACAAAUUUCAUGACCUUGAGGCUGAGAUGUUCCCCAAUCCCCAGUUUCCAUUCCCCAAAACAGCAUUUGAGCUCGAGUUACGCGCGUAUAAAACGUGAUUUGUUUAUAGUGCAUCAACAAAUUGUUAUUUUGUGAAAUUCAAAUCUAAUAAACAUGGGAGCUGGUUAUACUUGUAUGAAGUAUAUCUUCAUAUUCCUCAACAUAAUAUUUUUGCUGCUUUCUGUUGCCGGAAUAGGCUUAUCAAUAUGGAUGUUUGUCGACCCAACGAUUCCAUUGCAUUUUACACAAGAAUCCAGGGAUUACUUGAUAACGACGAUCAUAAUUCUUCUGGCCUCCAUUAUUCUGCUCAUUGUCUCGCUGUUGGGAAUCUACAGCGUGGGCCAAGAAAUUCGAAAAGCACUGAUUGUGUCGUUCUGCCUGCUGUUGAUCAUUGUGGUGGCUGAAAUAGCGGCCGGUGUAUGGGGCUACAUAAACCGCGAUAAUCUGGAACAACACAUUCGAGCGUCUGUCAAAAAUUCCGUCAGAGAUGACUAUGACAAGGAUGAGAACGUCAAAAAACUGUUUGAUACAAUUCAAGCCAAGUUGCACUGCUGCGGUGCAGAGCACGCAACAGACUGGACUCGCGGAAAAGGAUACAACAUGGGCGUUUCUGGUAAUCCGAAUCAGUACAAUAUACCCGAGAGUUGUUGCCGCGAAGGAAUAAGUUCAGAAGAUUGCCGCUCUGCUACACAUGACGUUAAGGUCGGCAGCGAACCAAAUAGAAGAUUCAUCUACGAUAACGGCUGUUACACGAUGAUCUACGAAAAAUUGAAGGAGAGUUGCUGCAUCAUAUUGAUCGCUGGUGGAGUCAUACUAGGAAUUCAACUCCUAGGUCUGAUUUUGGGUUUAAUUUUGGCAUGUUCGAUGAAUCGGUCGCACCGAUACAAAGCUUAAACCUUUUAAUUUGGGCAUCUAGUUUGUUUGGCUGAUUUUUAAAUCAAGUUGACAUUAUUCGAAAAUUAAAUGGUAUUUUUUUUUGAGGUAAUUAAAGUCUUAUGAAAUGGCCUAAUAAGUUUAACCUGUCCAGUAUUUUUAUUCGCACAUAUUAAAGAUUAUUUUUGGGGUUAUUUUUUUUAUAUAUAAAUGUUUUAAAUACGAAUUCCAGAUGAAACGACUGAUAUUUUAAAUGCUCAAUGUGCCAAAUAAAUCGGGUUAUAAAUUGGCGACAAUCUUUUUAAAAAUAUACUGUCGCUAAUUUGAAAAUCAGCUAAACAAUUUUUUUUCUUUUUUUAAUUCGUUCAAAGAUUUAUAUGUACAAAUGGACCAUAAAAUACUAGAGAAUUAGUUAAAUAUCUGAUGACAGAACAAAAAUACGG